CCAGUCAGCAUCACGUGCGCGGACGUGACGGGCGUGCCGUGCCGACUCGCUGCGCUGUUCACGCGUCGCUUGACACUUGUGCCGUGAUAAAUAAUGACUGUACUCUCUCUCUGUGCUAUCUAGUGAUCCUUCCUACCUACCUAAUUCUCACCGAUCGUGAAGGAACGAUGAUAAUCGCAUAAAACAAUAAACUGACUUUACUAGUGUAUGUGUGUGUGCAAUGCUGACAAGUACUAGCCGGUGAUUGUGUGUGCGAUGGCUCGGGGUGUUCUGGUGUGGUCCGCCAUAUUGGUUUUGGUUUUGGAGGCAGCGCGGGCGCACUACACGCCGACAUGGGCGGUCCAUGUGCCAGCGGGGAAGGAGGCGGCAGACGCGGUCGCGAGGGACCACGGGUUCAUCAACCUUGGAGAGAUAUUCGACAAUCACUAUCACUUCCACCACCAUUCCGUGGCGAAGCGGUCGACGACGCAAGCGCACGCGCACCACGGGAAAUUAGAGGGCGACUCGCGCGUGCGCUGGGCGAAGCAGCAGCGAGCGUUGUCCAGGAAGAAGCGGGAUUUUCAGCCGAUACCAGAUUAUACCUCCACAGCUGAAACAAACCCAUCGGACGCCCCGGCGGCUGCGCCGGCACCGUCGUCCGCCACCAAACGAGCAGCCGGCUCGAAGCGAGAGCAGCCCAGCCGGGUGAAGGGCCGGCCACGCGCCGCCGACUCCAAGUUCCAACUGAAUGACCCCAAGUGGCCUCACAUGUGGUACCUCAACCGAGGCGGUGGCCUGGAUAUGAAUGUGAUCCCGGCGUGGCGGGAAGGCAUCACCGGCAAGGGCGUGGUGGUAACCAUCCUGGAUGACGGGCUGGAGACCGAUCAUCCUGACUUAGCUGCCAAUUACGAUCCAAUGGCCUCCUAUGACGUCAACUCGCACGACUCGGACCCGCAGCCGCGGUACGAUAUGAUCGACUCCAAUCGGCACGGCACGCGCUGCGCGGGUGAGGUCGCUGCGACAGCUAACAACUCGCUGUGCGCAGUGGGCGUUGCUUUUGGCGCUAGAGUGGGAGGAGUCCGAAUGCUGGACGGUGAUGUAACGGAUGCAGUGGAAGCCAGAUCCCUGAGCCUCAACCCUCAGCAUGUGGACAUCUACAGUGCAUCAUGGGGUCCAGAUGACGACGGGAAGACCGUGGAUGGACCUGGAGAAUUAGCGACGAGAGCUUUCAUCGAAGGCGUCACUAAGGGUCGCAACGGCAAAGGAUCCAUCUUCGUAUGGGCAUCAGGCAACGGGGGCCGAGAGCAGGACAACUGCAACUGCGAUGGCUACACCAACUCCAUCUGGACUCUGUCGAUAUCCUCGGCCACUGAGAGAGGAGAAGUUCCAUGGUACUCCGAGAUGUGCAGCUCGACACUCGCAGCGACUUACAGCAGUGGCGCCAUCAAUGAGAAGCAGGUCGUAACAACAGACCUCCAUCACUCGUGCACAGCUGGGCACACGGGGACAUCUGCAUCUGCCCCUUUGGCCGCUGGCAUCUGCGCGCUCGCUCUGCAAGCUAACAGGGACCUAACAUGGAGGGACUUGCAACAUAUCGUGGUGCGGACCGCGCGACCCGAGCGUUUGAGCCUUGGCGGCGAGUGGAGAGUGAAUGGUGUAGGCCGCAACGUGUCGCAUUCCUUUGGCUACGGUCUACUGGACGCAGCGGGGAUGGUGCGGCUGGCGAGGACUUGGAGGACCGUGCCGCCUCAGAGGAGGUGCGAGCUGGCAGCGCCGCGGACGCAGAGGACGAUACCGCCGAGGUCUUCCAUCACUUUGCAGUUGGACGUAAACGCGUGUCCCGGGGUGAACUACAUAGAACAUGUCCAGGCGAGGGUGACUCUAUCGGCCGCGCGGCGGGGAGACGUCCGCAUCACGCUCAUGUCUCCCGCUGGAACCAAGGUCACCCUACUGGCACCCAGGGCUCACGAUUCUUCCCACUCCGGGUUCAACUCUUGGCCAUUCAUGUCGGUGCAUAUGUGGGGAGAGUCGCCUUUAGGAGUGUGGCAACUGGAAGUCUCCAAUGAAGGUCGUUAUAUUGCGGGUCCGCUUUCGCAGUGGGAGCUAAUAUUCUACGGCACAGAGACGCCCCCACAGGAGUUUGAUGCGUCGCCAGAGACGAACUUGCUUGGGGGCCAGCCGGGGGCCGGAGGGGCCACCUCGUGGACGGGCCCCAGCGACCGGGAGUCCAUCGAGGAAGUCCGCCAGAACGCCAUCGAAGAUGACUUGGCACUUGUCUGGCAUGACUCCCAUUCGAUCCGCGAGGAGAACUCCGCGUCAUCAGCGGCCAACAUUGGCGUGACGGGCCAACAGUACGCAGGCAACGGCUGCGCGACGCACGCGCUUGCUGCGCCGCACCACUGCCUAGGUUUGUGCCUCAUCCUCCUUCUCCUCUCCCUGCCCCUCCCCUGGGGCCAAACAGCCCCCAAACGACCCCAUAGGUUAAGAAGCGACUGUGCACUAACUGCUAGCUUAAGUUUAGAAGUAAGCGCUCCAGAUGCGACCAGCUCGAGACCGCCGAGGGCACCCUGCUUACCGGCCUAGUACUCCCGUAGAUAUAGCAAGCGGCAACACUAUAACAGCCAAAGUCUAGCAGAAAAACUGUAACUGUCAGACAAAUUUUACAUGUGUUCAUUGAAACUUAAACGAUUGCGUUAGGCAUUAUCGAACCGUUUUACAUAAUGUUUCUGCAAUUUAUAUUUUCAUUUAGCGCUAUCAACUCAAUUGUAGCAACCGUAGGCUCGAUUUAUUGAUCCUGUUAAGCAGAAAUACGUUCUCUGUAAAUAACAUAAAGCUUUAUUUAUCGCACAAUUAGAGAAGCUGUAACAUUAACUGUUUGAUUUGCGCAAGGCCGAUCAAACAAUACGGAUAUUUCCCACUGACCUACAUUAAGUGCUGAAAGGGGAUGUUUUUCCUGUUUAUUUCCUGAUCACAAUAAUUAACUCUCCUCUGAGGCUUCAGGAAAGUAGGUUGGACGCUCAAAGGAGUAAAAUUGAUGAACUAACCUAAUUAGCUUCCAGAACUAAUUUGUUUCUGAAAUCUAUAUUCAUUGUUUUAUGUUUUACUCAUCUUAGUUACUGCUUACAAAAAAGCGGCUUGCG